UCUGACGCGCGUCCUCUCCACCGUCGCCGCUGCUUUUGCUUGUGUAGUCUGUACGGAGGUUGCGCGACGGUGGGAGAAAGUUUUCCCCGGAGAAACAUCAACAUUAGCGGUGCUGGAAACCACGAAGCCUCGGUUGCGGAUGUUCCAAGUGGAUGAAAGCCUUCGUUUGUCAUACCAGCCUCUCGGUUUCGCGGAUAUCAGAGCGCUGUCUUUUUCUUUCUCCGUAUCAAGAUUUGCUCAGCAUCAGUUGGGAUUUUUUUUUCAUGUCGCUCUUUUUGAUUUAAUCUUUAUUUGUGAUUAUUUUCUUUUAUCUGGGAUAUCACACUCCCCCCUUACUCCACUCGUCCUGCAAGACACAUUCAUGCAAGACACAUUCAAAGCAUGGAAACGCCGAGGUAACAAGGGUGAAGUGUCCGCCGCCGGCCGAGAGAAGUUGAGCUCCGUGCUCGAGUUCAUCGGGGCCACUUCCUGAUGAUGACAGUAAACAUGGAUGACGGUCUCCAAAAUGGACUCCGACAGCCCAGGAAUUUACAAGAUGACGAAGAGGCACUCAACUCCAUCAUGAAGGACCUCGCUGCCCUGGGUUCCUGCUACACUCAGCACAACAGCCACAAGCCCAAGAGCAGAACUUUGCUGUACAAGCAGGAUUUAAGAGUCAAGCUGGAGCAUGAGAGAGAAAAACGGAUCAUUCCAUUCCAGAGGCCACUGAAGAUCAAGGAGCUCCUCCAAAAAGUGACCGAGGCCUUUGGUCAGCAGAUGGACAUGUUCUUCAUGGAGAAAGAGCUGCUGCUGCCACUCAAGAGCCAGGAGGACCUGGACCAGGCCGUGUUUUCUCUCGGCUCCAGCACGGUGACCAACGGUCUGCUCAGGAUAUUGCUGAAGACCCCCAAGAACAACCAUUACCUUCAGGUGAACAGCAGGGACAAGCAAAGCGAGAUGAGGUCGUCGCGGUCACUCGGGGAUCUGAAAGGCUCGCUGCUGAAGGGCUCGGAAAGGGUGCGCAAACACUCCACAGGUUCCCUCCACACAGGUCGGACAUCACCUCCCCCAGGGAGCGUCCCUGAGGAACAGCAGCAAAUUGCUCGCCAGGGCUCCUACACAAGUAUCCACAGUGAGGGAGAGUUCAUCCCCGAAAUGCAAGACCCCAAUAUGCUGGAUCCCUUCGGGAGUGCCGGCAACUCGCUGUCGAGCAGCUGUCAAUCCAUCGACCAAGCCCUUGACAGCCCGCCUUUCUCGCAGAACAACCGCGACAAUAAUUACCUGAACCUCAGCUACGAAUACAAAGGUCGCCAUGGGAAAGGCGGGACUUUUCCUCGCCAGUUCCAGUUACCCAAUCGGAGCAAAGACUACGGCGAUCGUCGCAGGACACUUCCUCGCAGCUUCAUGCCUCAGGAAAACCUGUUCCAGCUGGUUCCCUCCAGCCGCACGCGCAGCUACAACGGCGACGGUGGUGGUGGCCUCCAGUACGGAGAGUUGAGGAGUCUCGGUCGCAACGCCGACAAGAGCUGCCAGCGCGGCACAGCCAAGUCCCCGCGAGCGCCAGUCAACUGGCGGCAGGGAAAGCUGCUGGGCCGCGGCGCAUUUGGGGAAGUCUACCUGUGCUAUGACGCUGACACGGGCCGCGAGCUGGCUGCCAAGCAGGUGCCCUUUGACCCUGACUGUCAGGAAACUAGUAAGGAGGUGAACGCUCUGGAGUGUGAGAUCCAGCUGCUGAAGAACCUGCGUCACGACAGAAUCGUGCAGUACUACGGCUGCCUGCGGGACAUGGAGAAGAGGAAGCUCACCAUUUUCGUGGAGUUCAUGCCCGGGGGUUCGAUAAAGGACCAGCUGAAGGCCUACGGGGCUUUGACGGAGAAAGUGACGAGGAGGUACAGCCGGCAGAUCCUGCAAGGCGUUUCCUACCUGCACAGCAACAUGAUCGUUCACAGAGACAUCAAAGGUGCCAACAUCCUGAGGGAUUCCUCCGGUAACGUGAAGCUGGGAGACUUCGGGGCCAGCAAACGCAUCCAGACCAUCUGCAUGUCCGGCACGGGCAUCAAAUCUGUCACCGGCACACCCUACUGGAUGAGCCCGGAAGUCAUCAACGGCGAGGGAUAUGGACGCAAGGCCGACGUCUGGAGUGUGGCGUGCACCGUAGUUGAGAUGCUGACCCAGAAACCCCCUUGGGCUGAGUAUGAGGCCAUGGCGGCCAUCUUCAAGAUCGCCACGCAACCCACCAAACCCGCGCUGCCAGAGAGCGUGUCCGACGCCUGCCGGGACUUCCUGCGCCAGGUCUUUGUCGAGGAGAAGUGGCGGCCCACCGCCGACAUCCUGCUCGGACACCCGUUCGUCCAGGGGGCCUUCGGCCCCAAAUGACUUGGCGCCCUGACCACCAACUAAGAGCGAGCACUUAGCGGCAGAGAGCUUUUUGGGGUCACUGUGCUAUCUUAUCUUAGCGGCAGAGCAGCUGUGAUUGGCUGUGGUAUGUGUACUGUAAACGCCACGUUAGCCUCCAUUAGCCUCUGUUAGCAGGCGAUAUGUUUAUACGACAACGUCCUGUUUUUCGUCAUAGAAGCCUUACGAUAAAACUGGAGCCUCGCCUAUAUCACGAAAUGGCUGCGUUGGAGCUGCAACAUGGCAUAUAAAGAAAAGUGGGAUCAUCCGGAGUGGUUUCACACAGCCUGUUGUUCACAUGGGUGGCAUUGGCAGAGUAAAUUCCUGACAGCACUAUUGCCAAUAUCCCGAUAUUGUGAGUUUCCUAAUACUGUAUCAAGAUACGGCAAUUGUGCGCUAAUCACUAUAUUUGAAAAAAUUCAUAGCCUAUAAAAAAAAUGUCAGCGUGACAUCAGACAGCGACAAUAUUGAUUCUUGUUUCGUAUCGAUAAUGUACGGCAAGACUUGAAGGCAAAGUCACCAGUACAUCAGUAUUGAUAAGUUGUGCAGAAAUUUCCAAUUGCGUAAUACUAUCUUAGAAUACGGUGAUUGCGUGAAUAUUUUUAUACAUCUUGGAUCAAUAUUUACGUCAUUGCAACAUAAAGUCAUAUCAAGAUACUGCCUCACGAAAUAGCAGCUGAUGUUUAUCAAUCUAUUGGCUGGCUUCACAAUGUGUUAAAAAAGUGAAUGGAUGAAGUUGUUUAUGUCAAACGACUAAUAUUUGUUCAGAUCUAACGAUAAGAUAUGUCACGCUAUAGUUAUUUUGUCCCACACUUGAUGGACUGCGACAAUAUCUUUGAAAAGCACUGCUGUUGUCCAAAUGAAGCUCCUUAACUCACUUCAACAUGGUUCCUUGGCUCAAAGAUAGUAGCCAACACAAUUCAAAUGAAGCUCCUCAACUUAAUAGCCAAAUUCCAAAAUGCCAAAUUGCGCAACACUUGUCAGUAUUGGUAUCAUUUAGAUGUUCUCUGUUCGUGAUAUGCUAUCACGAUAACUUGCAGUGGCUGCAUCAGAGCCGUAACAGCAGAUGGUAUUUAUUCGCCAGUGCCUUUUUAUACACAACUGAGAAAAGCUGAGAUAAAAGUGAGAGGAAGUCUGCAAUCAGUGGUGAUUGCGUUCACAAAACAGGCCAGGAGAACCUUUACACUCUUUCUGCCUUUUCUGGCAUUCCUGUACCACAUGGCCACCGUCCUGCUUUUGUUACGGCUCUGAUAUUUAUCUUUGACACAAAUCUCACAAACAUCUCUGCCGUAAAAGAACAUUUUUCCCGCUGGUGCCUUUAACACAGAACCCAGUGCCGGCACAGCUCCGGCAUCAACACAACACAACGGAACCUUUCCCAGCAAUUACCAGCCAAACGGUGUCCCGCCUCUAUUGCGGCUCUGAUUUGCACUCGGGAGGCGGAAAAUGUCUUUCUUUUAUUGUUUGGUUUUAAACAUACUGGAGGGGUCAGCCUGCUCUCACUGUUAGGAUUGUACAUUGCACUUUUUGAUCUCUUUUUACCUGACACACCAGAUAUUUUUCUACUUUUUUAAUACACACGAGCAUUUCCCACUCAAAGCAAUACCGCUGACUCCUCAAGUUCGGAGUACCCUCACAUCCAUUCCAGUCUGUUGACAUGUGGCCAAAGAGAAUGUUGAGCACAUUCAAGUGUUGCUGUUGUUUAUUUACAGCCCCUUUACUUUUACAGUAUUCUUUUUUGUCCCCCCCCCCCCAUAACCUCAUUCUACAUUGAUGGCAGCUUCCGAAUCUGACGCAGUCUGAUUUCAAUCACGCCAUUGCCUUUACUUUGCUUUCCACACUGUAUAUGAAAAAGCAAAUUACCAAAAAGGGGUCUGUGUGGCACUUUUGAAAAGGAACGAUCAAAUGUUUUUAUUUCACCCUCGUCUGUGCCUUUUUUAUAUAUAUAUAUAUAAUAUAUAUAUAUAUAUAUAUAUAUAAAAUAUACACUGUAUAUAUAAAAUCUGUAAAUACAUAUUGUUCCAAUGUUAUGCACUUUUGUAUGACAUUUUAAAUACCCAACAAGAACAUAAGCUGUGUUCCACAGUACGUAGAUUGUAAUGUGAUUUAGAUCAGGGUUUGGAUGAUUGCCUCUUUCCGGGGCUUUCGAUCAUGACACACUUUUCUUUUUGUCUGAAUGACAAAGCCUACAAAAAAAAA